AUGACUAGUUCAAAUUAUUUUAAAAAUGAUAGCAAGGUCUAUAAAGAAUCAGAUAACGUAUCAAACUAUAAUUAUGAUAGCGAUGUGAUAGAAAUAAUAAGUUUAAAUGAUAAUGAUACAUUUAAUACUAAUACUCAAAAUUCAAGUUAUUUUUCGAAGGAUGUUAAAAAGAAUAUAGAUUAUAAUAAAAAUAAGGAAAUGUCUAGCGAUAUUGAAAUUAUUGAAGACAUAGGUAAUUAUAAAUAUGAAAAAAUAAAAUUGGAAAAGUUAAAAGAACACCAAUUAAAUUGUAAGAAAGCAGAAUUUAUUAGAAAUAAAGGAGUUUAUUUUGAAUAUUAUCUUGGAUGUAUAGAAACUGAAUCUAUUAUUUUAUCAAGUGAAGUAUGUGAAAUUAAAGAUGAUAAGAAUGUUAUAAUAAAUUAUGAGAUAUCUCCUAAGUCUACAAAAAGAUCAUAUUCACCUAUGUAUACAUUAAAAAUAAAUAAUAAUUAUGAUAUAUCAAAUGAUUAUAUUAGAAUUAUAGGUAGAAAUAUACCUAUGAAUAAUAAGAAAGUUAAAAAAAAAAAAGUUUCAAGCAAUAAAAAAAAUUCUGCUUCUAGUAAUGAUGAUUAUUAUGAACAGAAAUAUGAUACAAACAAAAUAAUAUCUGCUGAUCAAAAAUUUGUUGAAUAUGACAAAUGUAAAAGUGAAGUAUUAAAAGAUAUAUAUGAAGGUUAUUCAUGUAUAAGAAUCAGACAUAAUAAUAGAGAUAUAUCAAAAUUAAAAAGUAAUUUAUCUAAAACAUUAUCUGUUCUUUUAGUAUUGAAUGCUAUAAGAAUAGAAAUAAAAUUAGAAAAAAUAUCUCAAAGUGAAUUAAAAUUUGGUGGUAGCUUAAAAACAUUUGUUCAUGUUAUUUUAUAUCCUGAUGCUUUUAAAAUUGAUUCACAUAAAUUCCAUGAAUAUAAUUCUUUAAUUAAAUAUAGUGUUAAUAAUAUGUUUAAGGAGUUAAAAAUAACUCCUUUACGCUUAGCUAAGAAUGUUGAUGAGGAAACCUUAGAUACUUAUAAGGUGAAUAAAGAUGAUUUACUCACAUCCGUUAGUCCUUUAAAAAGUAUAAUUAUUAAUUAUAAUAAUAAAAAGGAUCAAAAUAUAAACAAAUCUGGAGAAACUUCUUCGGGUUUCUGUACGCCUCACAAAGCGUUAGGAUAUAUUGACUCGAAAAAAACAAUUGAUAUAACCAAUUUGUCGGGUGCGAAGGAAGAAGAAGAAAUAAUAGACAGCUUAAGUGAAAAUGAUAUAGAAGAAAAAAACGAAGAAGCCACUAAUUUAGUUUUUGUUGAAGAAAAAUUUAGAGGUGGUUACUUACUAGAAGACUUUGAAGAAAUUUAUCCUAACGAAUAUUAUUUUAAGCCUAUGUUAAAAACAUAUCAAGCAGAAGGGGUGUGGUGGAUGUAUACAAGGGAAAAUCCACCUGAAUAUACUAAAAAAUUGGAACAAGACAAAAGUAAUAUAAAUGAAAUUAUAAUAGAUGAUGUUAUAAAAAUACCAACACAAAAGGAUGAUACAGAAAAAGUAUAUAAAAAUAAUAAUAACCAAGGAAAAGAAAUAACUAUUGUGGAUAUUACAAAUAUUUAUAAAAAUGAAAAUUACGAACAAAAAUUUAAUGGAAAAAUCGAAAAGGAUCACCUUAAUAUUAAAGAUGAAUACAAAAAAUGUUAUCAUAAAGUUAAUAGUAAAACAGAAAAUUUUGAAACAAAUAUAAAGAAUGAAAAAUGUUAUAUGAAAACAGAAUGUAAAGAAGAAAUAAUUAAUGAUACCAUAAAAUGUAAAAAAUCUAUUGAUCAUGUAAAAGUAGAAGAAAGUAGUGAUUAUGAAAAUGCAGAUGAUGACAUACGAAAUAGAGAACCAUUAAACCCAUUAUGGGAAGAACAUGCAUUUAUUCCUAACAUCAAAAUAUAUGAAAAAGAUACACUUGUGUGUAUUCUAAAAUAUUUUUAUGUGAAUAAAUUAACAGGAGCCUUUUCAUUGACAUAUCCUCAAUUUGUGCCACCAUUCAGAGGAGGUAUAUUAGCAGAUGAAAUGGGAUUAGGAAAAACUAUUCAAAGUAUAGGUUUAAUUACACAUGAUAUAUAUCAUAAUAAAUUAUAUACUAAAAAUAAUAAUUUAGGAAAUAAAAAAAAUUUCACAUAUUUAAUUGAAAAUACUAUAAAAGGAGUACAUUUUAAAAGAGGAGGUACAUUAGUUAUUGCUCCUCUAGCUUUAAUAUAUCAAUGGAAAGAAGAAAUUGAAAGACAUACCAAAGAAGGUUUUGUUACAUGUUAUAUUUAUUAUGGUACUUCUAAAGAUAUUAGUAGUGAAGAAUUAUCUGGAUAUUCUGUAGUUUUAACAACAUAUUCUACUUUAGUUUCUGAAUAUAAAAAUACGCUUAAUAAAAAAUUUACAAAUAAAACUGAAAAUAAUAAUAAAAGUAGGUACACAAAUAAAGAAUCUUUUUUUAAAGAUCAAUCAAGUAGUAUUACAAAACAAAAGAUGAAUAACUUUUUUAUGAAAACUGUAUUAAAUACUGGUAACAAAAAUAAUGAUAAUAUAUUUUUUGAUAAUAAAAAAAAGAAUAGUACAAUGUUAUAUAAUAUGAAAGAAUAUCCAUUAUAUAAUAUAACAUGGAGAAGAAUUAUAAUUGAUGAAGCUCAUGUUAUUAAGAAUAAAAAUUCCAUUCAAUCAGUUGCAGUAUGGAAAUUAAGAGGAGAAAGAAAUUGGUGUUUAACUGGAACACCAAUACAAAAUUCUAUAUUUGAUAUAUUUCCUCUUUUCCGAUUUUUAGGAAUAAAACCAUAUGGUACUAUUGAAUGGUGGAAUAAAGAAAUUGUAGAUUAUGUAAAUAAGAAUAAAUUAAAUUUGGCUUUAGAUGUGGUACGAAAAAUUUCAUCACCUAUAUUAUUAAGAAGAACCAAAAAAUCCAAAACAAAAGAUGGAAAUUCUAUAAUAUCCUUGCCAAAAAAAAAUAUACAUUUAGAAAAAUUAGAAUUUUCAUUAGAAGAAGAAGAUUUUUAUAGAGCCAUUUUUUAUAGAAGCAAAACCAAAUUUGAUACUUAUAUGCAUGAUGGAAAUGUCUUAAGUCAUUAUUCUCAUGUUCUACAACUUUUAUUAAGGUUAAGACAAUGUUGUUCUCAUCCUUUGUUGUUAUUUUCCAAGCCUUUUUUUGAGGAAUGGAAUAGAGAUGAUAUUAACGAUGCUUUGAAAAAUAAAACUAAUAAUGAAAUCAAUGGUGAUGAUUUAAAAAAAAGUGAAUAUAUUAACAAUACAGAUGUAAAUGCAUAUAAAAUUGAAAAAAAUAAAAUCGAUGAAGAAAUUGAUUACAAUAAUUCAUCUUUCAAUAAGAUAGAUCAUUCAAAUGAGAAUAAUAUAGGAAAUAAUUUAAUAUAUAAUUUUAUAUUAGGAUCAACCAAAUCAAAAAAUAUAGAUGAUGAUUAUGCAAAAGAACUUGAAAUCUUAAAAAACGGUAAUGUCAUGCAAUGUUGUAUUUGUUUAGAAGAUGCAACAUAUCCACUAAUUAGUAAAUGUUUGCAUAUUAUGUGUAAAAAAUGUGCAGACAAUUAUUUUCAUUUAACUCAAAUAGCAGACAAAAAAUGUCCACAAUGUGAUAAUUAUAUAAGUCUAAAAUCAUUAAAAACAUUGCAAGAAAACAAAUCUCCUUUAGAUGACUUAUUAAAAAAAAUGAAAAAAGAUAAUUUCGUAUAUUCAACCAAGUUAAAGAAAUUAUUUGAGCAUGUUCAAAAGGAUAUGCAAAAUGAAUUACACAUUGUUGUCUUUUCACAAUGGAUAGGAUUUCUUAAAAUUAUAGAAAAGUUAUUAAAUAUACAUAAUAUAGCAAAUAAAAUAUAUGACGGUUCAUUAACAUUUGAACAAAGAAAAGCUACAUUGAAUUGGUUCAAUAUACAAAAGGGGAAAAUAUAUCAACCAGGAGUAGGAUUUAUAAAACCAUCUUAUGUUAUACCUGUCGAAAAUUUUGCUGGUAAAGUUUUAUUAUGUUCAUUAAAAGCUGGAGGAGUGGGAUUAAAUUUAACCGUGUCAUCAAAAGUAUAUUUAAUGGAUUUGUGGUGGAAUCCAGCUAUAGAAGAUCAAGCCUUUGAAAGAGUACAUAGAAUAGGUCAAUUAAAAGAAGUUAAUAUUUAUAAAUUUGUUUUAGAAAAAACAGUAGAAGAAAGAAUUUUACAAAUCCAUCAAAGUAAACAAUAUACAGCUAACCAAAUUUUAACCCAAGAGGGAAAUAAAUUAAAUACUGAAAUGAAUAUGAUUCCGCAGAAAUUAGGAAUGGAUGACUUUAUAUUAAUGUUCAAAGAUUGGAAUACAGAUGAAUAA